UGAAUAGAUACCGAUCCACGGUCCCUCCGUUCCAGGCUCCGUCAUUCCGGAACGUGGCGCCAACUAUGGCGUAUACGAUCAUACGAUUUCCCACAAGUGCCAGUGCUAGGCAAUCCAAAGGGACCAAAGGGGCAGCUUUGGUGAGCCAAAGAGCUCUCGAAGAAUCUGAAAUGUGAACAACGAUCAUAUAUAUGAGACUUAGCAAACCACCCACCCCGCUCCAGCGCCUCGCAUAUGUGAGAAAAAAAACCGGCCGGGUGCUGUCAGUUAGCCCCACCGACGCCCAUAACAUCCAACCUCGGGCUCUGCGCAAAAAUGAUCAAACCCUUCAGCAGCUGCUGGCUCGACAGCAUCGACACGGGCAUGAACUGGGUGCAGCUCGUCGGAUGCACGAUGGUCAUGUAUGGGUACCUCAUCUCGAACCGGCGAGGACUAUGGACGAUCGUGCUCGCGCAUGGCGCGGCGGGGUUUUUGGGGACCAUCAUGGAGAGUGCGUUUAUUGCGAAUGACAAAUGUGAGGGGGCGACGAGGGUUGGGUUGAUUUUGGGGUUCAACGAGCUGAACUGGAUCACGAACGAAAUCGCCACCGUCUACUACUCCCUCUGCAAGAUCGAAGUCAUCAUAACCCAAGACACGUACCGCCGCUACCUGCGCUACUUCAUGGGCGUCCUCGCGCUCAUCUUCACCGGGUUCCGCAUGAACAUCGGCAUCCUGCGCGUGCGCGACAACGUCACGGGCAACCCCGCCAUCUCCGAAGCGCACAGCUGGGCGUUUAUCAUCUGGGGCAUCGCGGACCUGCUCAUUUUCUUCAUGCUGGUCGGCAAAACCUACAUGGAUAUCCACGACGCGAAGCAGCAGCAGAAUAUCCGUGGCGCGGGCGAUCUGAUCAUGACGCUGAUGAAAUCGUCGUUGUUGCGGUUGAUUAUUAUCUGCGCGAAUACGCUUGCGAUUGUGGUUGUCGGGCAGAUCAAGAACCCGACGCCGACGUUGGCGGGGUUCAACCAGUUUUUGUGGAUGAUCAAGGGCACGUAUCCGAUAAUUCUGCUGUUUGAUAUUUUGACGACGCAGGCGAUUAUUAAGACCACGGUGAAUUCGAGGGUGAAGAGCCAGAAUUCCGCGUCGGACAAAUCAAAGAACGCCGCGAGUGAUCGGAAGUUGGUCGUGCAGCCGGGCGUCGUGGGGUCGAGCAGGAUUGAUGGAGUGGGGCUGAAGUCGAAGGGUUCGAAUAUGGUCUGAGCUUGAGCUUUGAGACACGAAAGGGAUGAAAGCUGGCUUUUGGGCGAGAGUAUAGUGCGAUCGGAUUUGAAUAACAUCCGAUGCGUCUUAGAGUUUGAGUUUUCGAAAGUCCCUAAGCUCUACAUGUUGUAAAACAAGGUGGUCCCAAGGGCUACAUACAUCGAGGCUUAUCUUGAC